AUGGCUGACCUCGGUCUAGCGAUCGCUGGCGUCGCCGGCACAAUAGAUGUCUGCAUAAGACUUGGCCAAUACAUGGUACACGCCUACAAAGAUUAUGGCCGGUCAGAUGAGAUGGUCAAUGAGCUGGUUGUCAGAGUUGAAAUCUGCUGGUCGCGCAUUGCUGGCCAGUUGGAAAUCAGCAAGGAAUUAUUAACAGACAUGACGGACGAGCAACGAGAGCUUCAGUCGCGAAUCUUGCCUAUUCUGCAAUCGAAAUUGAAUGCUGCGACACAAGUUAUUUCGCGAACUGACAAGCAUUCCACUUCGAAGAGGAUCAAAGCAUUGCAUUUCUUAACACUUCGAGAAACCCUUGAAAACACCGUCACGGAUCUCGAAAUUUGGCAGCAACGCUUCGAACCAUCGUGGUUUCAAAUCAUCAAAACUGGUCCCCCGACAGUCGAUGCAGUUCUGCGCAACCGAGACCGCGAGGAACCGGCUCGCGAAGGCUUGAGAUUCCGUCGAGCUUUUGAUAACACCCCGUCCGCUUUCAUCGCGGAGAAAAGGCUUGAGAGUUUGGACAAGAGAGAUAUCACAUACUGCAGUGCCCAGCUGGCUAUCGACCAAAAAGACGGCAAAUACUACAUCGUUGAUGCCGUGUCUCAAGAAACAGUCAAAUUGAAGGAUGCCCGUGAGCUUGCAUCGCGACUUCGAGAUUCGAAUCCCUUCAUUUUUGGAACCUUGAAAUGUAUAGGCAUUGUACGAGUACCCGAGAAGACAUCUUUUGUCUUUGUCUCCAGGGUUCCUGAGGGUUACUCAACCAUACAAAGCUGCAGGCAAUUGCUUCUUUCUGGCCAUACGCCAAAUUCGCUGACGAAACGGCUGAGAAUUGCGAAGCAACUCGUUACCGCUGUUUAUUACGUCCAUCUGUACGAGUUUGUCCAUAAGAAUAUCACCCCGGAGACUAUUCUGUCUCUUGGGACGACCGAGCCGGGGCAGGACGAAGCAGUGGUCUGUCUUGUUGGAUUCCAGCUCAUUCGUAAUGCCGACGCACGAACAAACACUUCUAAGGCAGACCGAAAGGAUUCCGUGUAUCAGCAUCCGUCGCGGAUGGGUAGUGCAGAUAUUAGCUUCACUAUGCAGCACGAUAUCUACAGUCUGGGUGUAUGCCUUCUUGAGAUCGGCCUGUGGCAAUCUCUUGUCGCUUACGACAAUAGCGGUACUACGAGGAUUUUGAGCGUGUUAGGAAUCACAGGUAGUCCAUCGCAAAGUCUCGGCCCUGAUGAGAUCAAAGCGAAGUUAAUUUCGUUAAGCCGCGUUGAACUUAGGGCUGUGAUGGGCGAUAUUUACAGUAAGGUGGUAGAGACUUGCUUAACGUGUUUGGAUGAGGGAAAUACUAAAUUUGGUGAUCCACGAGAUUUCGAGGAUGAGGACGGAGUAGAAGUUGGGUCGCGAUAUGUCAAGAAGAUUAUGGAUGCGAUGAGUGUUAUUUGUUACUAG